ACAGGCGGCGCGGGCGUCCACGCUGGAGGCGCUGCGCAGACACUCGCGGCAGAUCGCCGCGCGUCGCGUGCGCCGCGUGCAGUUCUCGGAGCGGUCGCGGGAUGGCGCCCGCGGCGACGGAGCCGAGAGCGGCGGCUCCGAGAUGUCGGCCGGCAGCGGCGACCGCCGGCCCUCCACCUGCCGCGUGGAGCUGGGUGCCCUGCUCGCGCCCGAGCCGCGCCCUCUCGACAACAAGGUCAAGCGUCAUAGUAUACAUGGCAUGACAGAGGAAGAAAAUGUGGUACGACCACAUCAGGAAAUGGCUGUGUUGUCCCUGGAGGAGAAGAAGUACCUCCUGGGCGUCGAGCGAGGCGACGUGGCGGGGACCCGGCGCGUGCUGCAGCGGGCGCGGGACACGGGCCACAUCAACGUGGACUGCGUGGACCCGCUCGGCCGCAGCGCGCUCCUUAUGGCUAUUGACAACGAGAACUUGGAAAUGGUGGAGCUGCUACUCGAGUUUGGCGUGGAAACGCGGGACGCUCUGCUCCACGCCAUUUCAGAAGAGUUUGUUGAAGCUGUGGAAGCCCUCUUGGACCACGAAGAACGGACGCGAAAAGAGGGAGAACCACAUAGUUGGGAGGCACUUCCACCGGAGACUGCGACAUUCACUUCGGACAUAACGCCGCUGAUACUGGCGGCGCAUCGCGACAGCUACGAGAUCAUCAAGCUGCUGCUAGACCGCGGCGCCGGCCUGCCCGUGCCGCACGACGUGCGCUGCGGCUGCGACGAGUGCGUGCGCUCGCGCCGGGAGGACUCCUUGCGGCACUCACGAUCCAGGAUCAACGCGUACCGAGCGCUAGCUUCCCCAUCCCUCAUAGCUCUAUCUUCGAAAGACCCGAUACUAUCAGCUUUCGAACUGUCGUGGGAACUAAGGAGACUGUCCGCAUUGGAGCAUGAGUUCAAAACGGAGUACCAAGAGCUACGCGUUCAGUGCCAGGAGUUCGCAACGGCUCUGCUGGACCACACGCGCACCUCCAACGAGCUGCAGGUGCUGCUGAACCAUGAGAAGGGUUCACCACAAGCGCCGCUGAUAGAGCCCGGCGCGCCAGAAAGGAUGAGGCUUUCCCGACUCAAGCUGGCCAUCAAACUCAGACAGAAAAAAUUCGUAGCGCACCCCAACGUGCAGCAGCUGCUGGCGUCCAUCUGGUACGAGAGCGUGCCCGGGUUCCGGCGCAAGAACAUGCUGCUGCAGGCGGCCGAGAUGGUGCGCAUCGGCGCCAUGUUCCCACUCUACUCCGUCGCCUACAUCGCCGCGCCGCACUCCGCCGCCGGCCGCAUGCUGAGGAAACCGUUCAUCAAGUUUCUGUGCCACUCGGCGAGCUACUUUAUGUUUUUAUUCCUUCUCAUCCUGGCGUCCCAACGGAUCGAGACAGCGGCUGGGGGCAUCUUCUGGGGCAGUACACACGACGCGCUGGUUUCCCGCCGCGGCUCUCCGCCCACACUCGUCGAGUGGCUCAUUCUCGCAUGGGUUAGCGGUCUAAUUUGGAGCGAAGUAAAGCAGCUGUGGGACAUGGGUUUACAAGAGUAUGUACACGACAUGUGGAACGUCAUAGAUUUCGUCACCAAUUCGCUCUAUGUCGCCACAGUCGCGCUGCGCAUCGUAUCGCAUUUCCAGGUACGGAGAGAGAUGGCUAUGGGCCUUCAGUGGAACCAGCCUCGCGAGAAGUGGGACGCGUGGGACCCGAUGCUGCUGUCGGAGGGGUUGUUCUCUGCCGCCAACAUCUUCAGCAGCCUCAAGCUCGUCUACAUCUUUAGCGUCAACCCGCACUUGGGGCCGCUGCAGGUGUCUCUCAGCCGCAUGGUGCUCGACAUAUUAAAGUUUUUCGUCCUGGAUAUUCUAGUCAUAUUCGCUUUCUCUUGUGGUCUGAACCAGCUGCUGUGGUACUACGCCGACAUGGAGAAGAAGCGCUGCACGACGCUGUCGGGCACCAACAGCACCGUGCACGACCCCGACGCUUGCAUCGUCUGGAGGCGAUUUGCUAACUUAUUCGAGACAAUGCAGACGCUUUUCUGGGCGGCGUUCGGGCUGGUGGACCUGGAGUCCUUCGAGCUGGACGGCAUCAAAAUCUUCACGCGUUUUUGGGGCAUGCUGAUGUUCGGGACCUACGCCGUCAUCAAUGUUAUCGUUCUGCUCAACCUGCUCAUCGCCAUGAUGAAUCAUUCCUAUCAACUGAUAUCUGAGCGCGCAGACGUGGAAUGGAAGUUCGCGCGCAGCAAGCUGUGGAUCAGCUACUUCGAGGAGGGCGGCACGGCGCCGCCGCCCUUCAACGUGGUGCCUUCACCCAAGUCGGCGCUGUACGCGUGGCGCUGGCUGCAGCGGCGCCUGUGCGGACACACGCGCGCCAAGCGGGAGCACAUGCGCACUAUACGGAGAAAGGCUAAACAGGCUACAGAAAGAGACUUCAGAUAUCAGGCGAUAAUGCGCAACCUGGUGCGUCGCUACGUGACGGUGCAGCAGCGGCGCGCGGAGUGCGGCGGCGUGACGGAGGACGACGUGAACGAGAUCAAGCAGGACGUCAGCGCGUUCCGCUGCGAGCUCGUCGAGAUCCUGCGCAACUCCGGCAUGAACACCUCCACCGCCAACGCGGGUGCGCCAGGUGGAGGGGGCGGUAAGAAAAACCGUCAGAAAGAGCGACGACUGAUGAAAGGAUUCAACAUAGCGCCCGGGGCGUCGCUGGCGCCGGUGGACGAGUUCCUGGCGUCGCUGCACCACGAGCACGGCGGCUCGCACGGCGCGCACCACGCUUCGCUGUCGGCGCUGCUCGGCGGCCGCCUGCGUACCAGCCAGUCUAGCCUCUCCGAUGGCGCAGGCGCAGGAGGAGCGGGAGUUCUGGCCGCCCGCCGCAAACCUGUGGGGCACAAGCGGCGCUGGGGCACCAUCAUCGAAGCCGCACGCGCCGCGCGAGUGUCGCGCCUCAUUGGCCGCUCGCGCUCGGAGGACUCCGUGUGCGAUCACGCACGUCCAUCGCCAAGUGGCAGCGAGCGAUCAGACUCUGGAAGCGAUUCCCAGCGUAGUCCAGAACGCGUGACCCGCAGUGGGCCUCUGCAUCCUCUGACAGCGUUAGCGGCACUGAAACGCAAACGCAAGAAAUUCUCGGACUCGCGGCGGCAAGCGGAAGCGGGGCGCGGGGUCAGCGGCGCGGAGGCGCUGCAGCGCGCCAGCUCGGUGCCAGCGCGCGUGCCGCCGCCCCCCGCGCCGCGCGCGCCGCGCCCCCUCGCGCCCGCCGUCUCGCCCCCCGCCCCCGCCGACGGCGCGGCGGCGCGCGGCGGCAGCCGGGAGCCGCUGCUCGCCAGCCUCGAGGACGACGCGCUCAAGGACACCUGCGGCCAGUGCGGGUACGAGACAAGUACGGAGUCCCACGCGGCGCUGAACGGGGACGCGGAGGGCGAGGACAAGAGCACGCCGUCGCCGAGCGGCGAGGGCGAGGGCGCGGCGUGCGGGCGCUGCGCGGCGCUGGCGCGGCUCGCCGGCGUCACGCCGCUGCACGGCCACGCGCCGCACCACUCCGCCGGCUGGCUGUAGCCGCCGCUCACGCCUCGCCUGAUCUUGUUACAUUUAUCCAUUCUGUCGUGAAAGCGACAAAUCUAUGACGAUUUUGACACCUACCGCAAAUAGAUGUUUUGUUAUUUGUAUCCGCUACUUUACAACAAUAGACAAGAAAUUAACUUAAUAUGUAUGAUUUUUUCUCUAAGUUUUCAAAAAGGCAACUCUAUUAUUUUAUAGACUACCUAAGCUCAAAAAAAUGAUCAGUUCUUUGUCACCUAUGGAUUUGUAGAUUUACGCCAUGGCAUUACGAUUUUCAUAAAAUGUUGCUUUCAAUUAUGAUAUAAAACACAUAAAAUGAUUAUAUUCAAUUGUCUCAGAAGAAAUAUUAUAUAUAUGGAUAUAAUUAACAAGGCCGUCAUAUUAUUAAACGUUAAGAUACUUAUUUCUAUUCUUAAUGAAAAAAAACAGAAACAACGAUAUACUGGCACAAAUACAGAUUAUAUUUAAGAGAAUCAGUACGGUCCGCGAGGCGUAAGCUGAGCAAGCUUUACAUGUAUGUGUGUGAAACAGUACAGACAACACAAUUUAAUCUUAAAAAAAAAACAUAUUAUUUUCUCUACAAAUGGACAUCGCAUUUCUCUUUCACUCUGAUGAUAAUCUGGGUAUAGUUUUUGUUGAUAGCAUCAGCUGGACAUUUAAUACAAAGUCGUCAUCUUCGCCAGGAUGGACUGUUAGAGAAGUAGAAUAGAAUUUCAAGCAAUAAUUGCAACGAUACGUAUCGUAACGAACGUUCGUCUAUGUUUAUUCAAUAGAAUUUGUCUAUUAUCUCCUUUUUUUUGGGUCAGGAUCUUUUUUGCAAUGACCAAUUAAGACCUAGAUAGUUUAUUUAUGUCUUAAAAUUUUUAUGCAUUAAGUUACUCAUUUUUCCCGUCUACUUAAAGGUUUACUUAUUUUUAUACAUAUUUUUUAAGUUGGCUGUCAUUUCACAAAAAUCUUAACAAAAUCUGACAUAAAAAUAAAUAAAAAUAUGAUGGCGUAAAUAUUUUCGUAUCCGUUACCAGUGCACAUGCGAAACGGGCGAGGAGUGUUUACGUCACGCGAGGCACGCGCCGCGCCUCACACCGAUGGACAAAAGUCAAAAAGCUUUACAAAUCGCUUUAAAUCAAAUAGAAAAGGGAUGCGCUGCGAUGCGAUAGUCAAACCACACUCACACAAAUGCAAUGCUCAGUUUAAUAUGCCUCGCGAGCUAUACCUAACUACAACUUUCAAACUAUAUAACUAAAGCAUUAUAUAAUAUAUUAUAUUUCGUGAUUAAGUAGAUGUAGUUACAAGUUAAAUGGAUAAUUAAUUAAUAUGUAAUAUUUAUGUUCUGUCGACUUGGAGUAGUUAUAACGUAAGUAACAAGGGCAUAUUAUAUUAUCAAACACCAAUUAGAUAAGUAGAUGCAAUCUAAAAAAUUUAAAAAAUAGGGUUAAAUAUUUUAUAUACAACAUAUAAUUAAUGUAUACUAAAAUCGUAUUUAAAUAAAAAUUAAAUUAUACCAAAUGAAUAAUGUGUUCCAAAAAGUUUUCCAAUACUAAUUUAUCGAAGCGCAACGGCAAUAGAAGUAUUUAGCGGAUUAAGAUCAAACAUGUGAAACAGGGAUUUUGUGUAACGUAUUGUCCUAUUCGUAACAGUUGCAGAGUAUCGACCGAUUUAUACAGUAUACCAUAACUGAUACAUACACAUUAGUCUUACGCAACGGCACUAAACGUUCUCGCUGCGGGAACGCGGUGCAGUUGAUAACCCAUUGGGAUCUAACCAUUUUGGGUUUAGGCGGACAGCAAUGAAGAAUCUAUACUUAAUUAUUUGUCAUACGCAUUUAUUCACGUUGCUUGAUGCAUUUCACGUCACAACAAAUCGGGCAAUAUCAACAUUAUCCAUUUAACAUUUAUUGAAUGAGUACCUAUAUGUUGUGAGUAGGUGAUAAUGGGUGAUCCUGUACGGUUAUUGACUUUGCAUUCGUUCCAGGCAUUUUAUAGUAAGACAACUAAAUCCAAUCAUAUAAGUAGGCAUUAAUUAGCAAUAGGUGCUUAACAUACAACAAUCGACACUCGCAUUUAGUUUAAAUAUUAUAAUCUGAUAAUGAUUGUGUGGUAAAUGGAAGCAAUGUAAUAAAAAUAGAUCACGAAAAUUUAUCGUUGUUACAGAGGUCUUUUUCAGCAACAUAAGGACGCUGCGGAACCCAAUAAUCACCUUCGCUAAGUGUCACUAAAACGCAAUGAUAUCGUCUCAGAUUAUGCACUGAGAAUGCUAAGAAUAGCACAAGGAGUGGUCUAGCCUACGUCCUCAUGUUGCGUGGAAGACUACAUUAAAUUUAAGUGUAGAAUGUGAGUGUGAUGCGAUGAGUCACUAACUCAUAUCGUCCUUUUUGUGCGUGCUACUAUUAUGUGCAGUGCGUUCGUCUGCAACCUGUUACUAAACUUUCGCUUUCAUUGCCCUAUGUAAAUUUUAACAUUGUCUAGUUUUAAUAUUCUGAUAAAAAAUUAUUCUCUAUAAUCUGCGUACACGUUUGUGCAUUUUUCGACUAUGAAUUGAACCUGUCUAUGAAGCUAGUUGACGCUAGUGUUGAGAGAGGAGGUAAUGGUUGCAGAGCGAGGGCACGUGAACUAUUAUUUAUAUAGAUUUAUUAUAAUUGCGUACUGGGUAAUGUUAUUGUACGGAUGUAGUGUCACCGGAGGCCUUCAACGUGUUUAGUUGUGCGUCGCGUCGUCGCGUGGCCGCCCCGUCGCGCGUCGCCGCGUCGGCUGCGCGACUGACGCACGUUACUUAAUCGAUUUAUAUUUUGUAAAGAGUUGUUGUUUAUUUAUACAUCAUAUUUGUAUAUAACGGUGCGAGUUUAAUAA